UUCCGCGAUUUGUGAUUCCAGUGUGGAUGAAGUUCUCCGAAGAACGAACAGAACAUCGUUUUACACUUUUUGGGACUGAUAUUGAUGUGAUCCGACCGGAAAAUUGAAUGGAUUUUGUUCUUAUGGCAAAGUCUGAAGGUGUUACCUGAAGUUGAUGAAAGUAACCGUACACAAAUUCGCCGUCGCAGAUAGCUUUAACUUCAGUCAGUUUAAUAGUUCUUUAAUGUCACUGCGGUGAGACUGUGCAAGUAAGGCGCCUUUUGGCUGUCUCCACUGUUUUGUGCACAACUUCCUUCUGGUUUUUUGCUUGCUGCUGUUUAAACAUGUCAUUCAAACAUUCAAGUGCUAAAGUCCAAGACUCCCCCUGCAGUCUGAGCAGACCUGGUUAACCCAUGCAUGGCAAGGAACAUUCCACCCUGUUCUUGGAGAUGGGAUGUUUUCUGGGAUCUGAAGGAAAUUAAGUGUCAUUCCUGUUAACAUACUAGAAAGGCUGGCAUGGAAAUUGUAAAAUUUUAUAAAAUGUUACAAUUUUUUAUUCUUUGAAUGACAAAACUUUAAGCACAUGCAAUAAAAUUUAACUGGAGCGCUUUUACAAAAUUUAAUACCUAAAGUGAGCUAGCAGUGAAGAAGUGCCACUGUUCUUUGCUGCAGUAAAUGUGAAUAGCUCUCACUGGUGGCACAUCCAUCUGCACUGGUUAGUGCUUUGAUGAGGAUGUCAAAGAGAUGUGGUGCAUGGGUUUCAAAAAAUGCCUGCAUCUCUUUGGAUCUGUAUAGAGAUUGACCCCCACUCUAGUGCCUGCACAAAGCUAACUGAAAUUUUUCCAUCAGGUCUGAAAAACUAUCUAGAAAAUGCAGUAGUAUGUUUUAGACCAGACCCUGUGAGUUAUGUAGAAAUAUUUUUAACACUGAACACUAGAUGUGUUUACUUGUAAAGAAUAUGCACAAAAUGUGGUAAGAACAAAGAAGUGGCACACGAGACGCAGCCGAGAAUUUCAUUGAUGUUCUUACCACAUUUUGACGUCCUCUGUGAUUUAUUACUGAACAGACGCACGGCAACUUGGAAUCUAUUUGUUUUAUAUAAUUUGAAUUGAAUUUAUAACAUAGCUAGUAAAUUUGUCUAAUCAAAUUCAAUUGCGAGAGCGUGCUUCAUAUUCCUAAUGUGCACGCUCAUGACGUUAAUAAGUUUUGGCGCAUACAUUUAAGUUCUGAAGCUUGUUAAAGACAUUGAGCAUCUGUCAACUCUGCUUGGCACUCCAACUGAAUUUUGCAAGGUACUCAUCUUCAUUUCGCAUAAAGAUUUUUGUUUCAAGUUAUUGAUCUUCAUGUGCGAACAAGAUUUAACAGAAGACAGCAUGCUAAAUAUAAGGAUAGUCAAAGGUGGCUGCCGUGGACGUGAAGCGGUUAGGUUUGGAGUGUGGUUGCGGACAUGUUCCACACUGGUAAAAAGCAAAACAGAGACACAUGCCAGAGUACAGUCAGCUAAUUACCCAUCCGGUGACUUUGCUGAUGGCUUGAACGGUGGGAAAUUACUUUCUGAGAAAGUGAAAGGCCCAGUGUGUUCAUACAACGAAUGGGAUCCUCUUGAAGAAGUCAUCGUGGGACGCGUUGAAGGGGCAACCGUGCCCGAGUUUUCGAUAGAAGUAAAAGCAAAUACUCAUGAGAAAAACUGGCCGUUUUUCAAUACUUUUGGCGGCCAAUCGUUUCCUGUAUUACAUCUUAAAAAAGCGCAUCUGGAAAUCGAAGAAUUCUGUAACAUUCUACGACACGAAGGAGUGAAAGUUCGCCGACCUGAACCAAUUGACUUCUCAAAGGUCUAUAAAACUCCUGACUUCCAAUCAUCCGGGUUAUACGCAGCCAUGCCACGUGACAUUCUGCUUGUGGUUGGCGACGAAAUCAUAGAGGCGCCUAUGGCAUGGCGGUCUCGAUUCUUUGAGUACCGUGCCUACAGGUCCCUGCUUAAGGAAUACUUUAGCGGUGGUGCUAAAUGGACGACUGCACCUAAACCCCUCAUGAGCGACGACCUAUAUGAUGAGAACUAUGCCAUACGGUCAGUGGAGGACCGCCACAAGCUGGCUGCUUCGGGAAAGUUUGUUACCACAGAGUUUGAACCCUGUUUUGAUGCCGCUGAUUUCAUCCGAGCAGGCCGUGAUAUAUUUGUUCAAAGGAGUCAGGUCACAAACAACCUGGGCAUUGAAUGGAUGAGGCGACAUCUUGGAGAGCGUGGAUAUCGUGUGCAUAAAUUAUCCUUUGAUGAUCCCAAUCCGAUGCAUAUUGACGCUACCUUCAACAUCAUUGGACCCGGAUUGGUUCUAUCCAAUCCUGACCGGCCUUGUCAUCAGAUCGAGCUGUUCCAUAAAGCUGGGUGGACUGUGGUCAAGCCACCAUUGCCUCUCAUACCAGACACACACCCCCUGUGGAUGUCGUCCAAGUGGUUGUCCAUGAAUGUCCUCAUGUUGGAUCCGACAAGAGUCGUGGUGGAUAAAAACGAGACAACUACACAAAAGAUGUUCGAGAAUCUUGGAAUCAAAUGUGUUCCUGUCUCUAUCCGCUUUGCCAACUCUCUUGGCGGAGGUUUCCACUGCUGGACAUGUGACGUCAGGCGUCGGGGAACCUUGGAGUCGUAUUUUUAACUCUAACAGAAAAAGCCUUUUUGAAUUGCCCGCAUACAUAUUUUAGUCUGCUCGCCUGCUUGAAUGAAACGUUCAACAUGUACCACGUUUUUCCAAAUGUUUUAGCCUUUGGUCAGUAAAUAUGGUGACAUGGUGGUGCGAUUUUCUGUUCCUAUUAAAGAUAUAUUAAAUGUGA